GAAAGGCUCCCCGUGGCGUCGUGUGUAGGCGGUUACGCGGCGCUGCGUGAUUCACAAACCUUAUUUGUUCCUACUACUUUGAGCGCCAUCUUGUUCGGAACUUCUCCCUACUAGUGCUAGUUUCAACUCUAGGGGGUGUCUGGUUACCCCGCUCCUGCACUCCUCAGCGCGGGGUUUUCUCUUGCUCUCGUCUGCUUUUUUUAAUCCUUCUGAAGACAUUCCCAGCAUUCGCUUGCAUUGCUCCAAUCUUCGCUUUUUUUGGGAUUAUUUUGGAGUGGGAAUCUUUUCAGGCGGUCAGAAAUGAGCAUCGAAACGCUCCUGGAAGCUGCGAAGUAUUUGGAAUUACAGGCCCAGCAACAACAGCGAGCACGUGAGGAUGAACUGAAAGAGAAGCUUCGUCUGGAUCUGCUGACGGAGCAAAGACUCACCGAUGUGAACAAGUACAACUGCAGUAGCCACAUCAACAAUGUUUUUAAAGCAGAGGAGCUUAUCACUGAGCGACCCCCGGCCCCCUUGGCGCCGUCCCUGCUACCCCCCUCCAUGCCCAUUGCAGUCAUCCCUAUCCCAGUUGUGAAAUCCAACCCUGCGGGCUCACCUUCUCUCCCUGUGGCUUUGCUCUCCCACCCUGCCACUCCCCCUGUGAUCUCCCCCAAAAGGGAGCCUCCUUCUCCCCAGGAGCAAAGUGUGGUAGCUCCACCGCGCUCUCCCCAACCCAAACCAGAUGAGCCCAAUGCCAUACUGCCCACACAGAGCCACCAGCAUCUCCCAACGCAGCUCCUUCCUCAAACCAACAGUGCUAAUAUACAGCAACAGCAAACGCACCAACAGCUCCUCCAUCGCUAUACCGGUUCCAUAGUUUCACCACCCCAUCAGCCUGCAGCGCCCGCCCAGUCCUUACAGCCCGCUCACUCGGUGAAUGGCCCCAGCAGUCGCGGGAGUCCUCCUGAUGACGGACGCUUGAUUGACCAAAAGAAACGACCUAGCGGGGCAGGCACAAGAGAGGUGCAUAACAAGCUUGAGAAAAACAGACGAGCCCACUUGAAGGAGUGCUUCGAAACACUGAAAAAGAACAUCCCCAACAUCGAUGAAAAGAAGACAUCUAAUCUGAGUGUACUGAGAAGUGCUCUGAGAUACAUCCAGACACUGAAGCGCAAGGAGAAGGAGUACGAGCAUGACAUGGAGCGUCUGGCCCGCGAGAAGAUCGCCACGCAGCAGCACCUGGAGGAGCUGAAGAACGAGUUGAGCCAGUGGAUGGACGUGGUGGAAAUCGAUCGCGUGCUGCGACAGACUGUGCAGCCCGAGGAGGACCAGGCCUCCACUUCCACCGCUUCAGAAGGCGAAGAGGCGAUGGAUGAGGAAGAAGAGGAUGAGGACGUCAUGGCGAGACCUCCUAACGCGUCUCCCUCCGCCCCUCUGGCCCUCAAAGCCGACGUCGCGCAGACAGCCCCCGUGGCCACUCAGGCCUUGACUGUGUGCGCCCCCACGCCUUCCUUCAUCGCCCAGCGCGUUUCGGCCCUGCAGCCCCCAGCCAAGCCUCCCGCCGCCCAGCCCGCCUUGCACCCCACCGUCAUCGCCCACGCGCCCGUAUCGCACCCGUCCGUCAUCCAAGCGGUCAACCACGUCAUCCAGGCGGGGACACCCAAACCCAUGGGUCACAUCACCGUGCACCCGGUGGCUCACGUGAGCCCCCGGCUCCCUGCUCUAUAUCCCCAACCCGUAGCUGUCAACCAGCCUGCCUUGAUCAGCCACAUUGCGCACACUUUGGGCCACGUCAACGGCACCGCCGGCCAGCCUCCCGCGACCGCCAUUAUGGGCAAACAGACCGUGGUGGCCCACCACCCGCAGCUGGUGGGCCAGACUGUCCUCAACCCUGUCACCAUGGUGACCAUGCCCUCCUUUCCCAUCAGUACCCUGAAGCUCGCUUGAAGCGGCUUCCCGGAUCCCACGGCAAAAUCGACAUCCUCACGUCCACCGCUUCACAACGUGCACGGACGAGAAGGGCCUGCUAGCGGGCGGACCAAUGGCGUGGCUUGACGUAACUCCACCCGCGCUAUGAGAAGAGGUUGAGAAUGGGAGUCAACAGAAGCCCGCCCCUCCGCCAGCACUCGUGCUCCUCUGCCCGAAGCAAAUUGUGGAGUGGAUUGUCUCUCUGGUGUGGAACUGCAGUCUUGAAGGACUGUGUGGCAAUAGCGCCUCCCGCUGUCCACUGAGGUUAGGUACCUUACUGCUCUGCAGCUAUUGUUGGCUCAUUACUAGAUUUGCAGGUGUUUACAUUAAACAAUAGUUUUUCCCAAACAAGACAAAAAAAUCCCACUGCAGCCAACAGAUUUACUCACAUGUCACUGAUACAGAUAGUUGAACACGAAUGUAUACAAAUACAGUGUAAUUGGAUAAUUUUUCACUGCACACUUGUCAUGUGGCACUGCUAUAGAAUCAGUGCAAUAAAUUAUGGAUAGAUGCAGAAACCGGUUUAUUCACCUGCUUAGGAUGUUUAAAAUUGCAGUCAACUUGAGAAAUUAAGUGGUUGCAAUGUAAAUAAAUCUGGACCGACAAAAACCUGCAUGAGCCACAUUUGGAAAAGCAGUUAUGUUACUUGCACUGUGAACCUCAAAAAGAAUCCAAGCUGUCUUUAAAAUGGCACUUGUGUGCUACACUCUCCAAUAUGGAUAGGUCCACCGUUUUUAUUUUUAAGAAGGUGUACAUUAUAUUAUGUAUGUUAACAUUUGUUGUUUACCUUGUUCUCAUGUUCAGUGUACUUUUUUUUUCUUUUCGGGACCACGUGCGUAGCAGUAAAGCAAUACUCAUUUGGCCACUGCAAAAUAGUCUACAUGUACUUUGUCAGAUUUUGUUCCUGUCCCAAAAAUAAUUGGAAAUGCAAAGAGAAGUCCUUUGUUGUCAUGCUUUAUGUGCUAAUAACCAUGCCGCAAAUAGUUGAAAUCAAGCUGGAGGCCUAACACCAAAUGUCUAAGUGGUCAGCGGUGGUGACACUGAAAGACAUGAAUACAUGCCUGUUUUCCCUAUGGUGAAAGUUGUAUGUACUUGUAAAUAGUUUGUAAAAGCUGGGCUGAAUUAAAUUUCAUGCUAGGAAAAUUAUAUGGAUACAUCUAUAUGAAACAUGACUUAAUAAAAUGUUUGUUUGCAAAUGACGAACGUUUAAGAAAUUUUUAUUCCACAUGGACAAGCACGUAAGUGGUAAAUUUGAUUAUAACCCUGCUCUCAAAGUCAAAUGUAUUCCAGUGAGACAUAUGCAAGAAUUGUUUUUAUUAGCAUUAGAACUUUGCAUAUUUUUCCCAGCCAUUA